AACACAAGUUUUCAGAUUCAUCUCGACGUUGCGCGUGUCAAGUUGUGUGUCUCGGCUUUGUCUUAAGAUCGGUACUCUAUAACAUUCCCAUAGUUUUGUAAUCAAACCAUAAACUAACUGACUUAACUGAGUCAAGAUCAAACCACAGGCGUCAGCUUUAACGUAUUCCCGUGUGGAUCAGAGAAGAAACCGCCGGACUUCACCCACAUACAUAAAAUGUCACAGACGCUCGCCUACAUCACGUUAAUCGCUUUUAUUGCGCAUCUCUUAUCAGUCUCGGGCUUGCGGUGUCAUCAGUGCAACUCGCACGACAACGAGGAUUGCGCCAGUUUGGUGGUGAAUACGCCGCGUGCCCAGCGGGAUGAGCAAUAUCUGCUCGAUUGUGAGCCCAAGGGGGAGGAGCAGGCCUUCUGCCGGAAGACGGUCAUCAAACUGGAGGUGAACGAUGAGCAUCGCAUCGAGCGCAGCUGCGGCUGGAUACAGGAGAAGGCGCAUAAUACCUGCUUUACGGCGGACAACGAGGGCUACAAGCAAAUCGUUUGCACCUGCAGCGAGGAGGGCUGCAACGGCGCACGUGCAUUAACCGGCCCUGGUUCAGCCCUGGUACUGGCUCUCAGCCUGCUCGCUGCCCUGGGCUGCGUCCUGCAACGCUGAUGAUGAAGUGCAUCCAUCCAGCGCAAACAUUUGAGUUCCAAUCUAAUCAAAUAUCUUGCACUAUCUAUAAGUCUUACGUUACUGUCUUUUCGCGCCGCUGCUUUGCAGAAUUAAAAUAUGUUAUUUGUAUUUGUAAUUUGUAUUUCAUAACUAUGCAAAAACUAAGAUACGACUAAUUUACUAAA